AUGGUAAGUGAAAGCUUAACUGAUUUGGAAGACAUCGAGGACUUCUGGCCCCGGUUGACUGCCCAGGAAGACAUCGAAGACUACUGGCCCCGGCGGCUUCUACACAUACCAACACUGACAUCAGUCGAGAGAGACAAGCACAACGUCUAUGGAACAACGCAUAAGCCAAAGUACAGCAUCGUCACUUACACUUGGGGCCGCUGGAAAAUCAGACAUGACGACCACGCCGUCCCUGCGUUACCGGUGAAGGGCACUCCGUGGAAGAUUCCCUCGAUACGAGAGUCUCACUUCACGUUGGACUCGUUUGGAGCCGUCAUUGAUUUCAUGGCGUUUGAGGACGUUGAAUGGGCUUGGGUCGAUGUUGCUUGCAUAGAUCAAAAAGACGAGAUCAUGAAUGCGGAGGAAGUCGGUCAUCAGGUCGCCAUCUUUGACAAGGCAGUCAAAGUGCAUGUUUGGCUAUGUGAAGCAACGCACGAGAGUCUUACGAAGGCUUUCCGUGACACAAACGACGGCCAGCUGGUAUGCCUUACUUUCAUGGCCUUCAGCACAGUAGAGAACCAAGCCACGCCCUCGUACAUGACUUGGGAAGACGUUCACCACGAUGAGACUAGGAUGGCCGCCGUACGCAAUACUGUUGACCGUAUCAGUUCCGGGCUCCAAAGCGUACUCAAAGAUCCCUGGUUUUCAUCUCUAUGGACCUUGCAGGAGGCAGUGUUGCGCAACGAUGCUCUGAUUCUAAGCGCAGAAGGGAUUCCCUGCGUUUGGAUCACAUCCGAUGAAGGCAAGAAGUACCAAGCCUAUCUCGCAAUCAUGGCGUGGUCUAGGCAGACCUCGAGACCGGUAGACCGCAUCUCUGGCAUCAUGCAAGCCUACAAUCUGCGUGUGGGCAAGGUUAUUCGGCCGCAUGAUAACCCUUCCCUGGCAGAUCUCGUCCAAGAAUUUGCCGUAGCAAUAGCCAACAAGAAUCCUGUGCUCUGCCAGCUAUUUGUCCACACGGAAAAGCCUGAAAAGUUCUCAAGUUGGCGUAUCACAGAACACUCGUUUGUGCCAGCCAACUUCAGAUCGCCAGCAGGUUACGUGUUGAAAGCUCGAUUCCAUCUGGGGAGAUACUCUGAUUCAAUUCCUUAA